CCUUAUUACCAGACUAGUUUAUGUCUGGCCGUCGGCAACAUUUACAAGUACAAGCAGUGGAUGGUCCUGGUAUCGAAUAUAUAUAUUUAGGGAUAAUGAGUAAACUCCUACUGACAUCGUGUGUGGCUGUUCUUGCUGCUGGUCUGUAUUUCUAUUCUGUCGGAAAACAUGAAAGUGAUACAGACUUCCCCGUAAGACUGAACGAGACCUAUGACUAUAUAAUAGUUGGGGCUGGUUCAGCUGGUUCCGUGUUGGCAUCACGUCUCUCUGAAGACCCGAACAAUGAUGUCCUCCUUCUGGAAGCUGGUGGCUCUACAGAAGACCCUAGAAUUCAGGUUCCUGGGGAAGCUGAACAGCUGGCAGGGUCCAAACACGACUGGAUGUAUGUUUCAGAACCACAGAAAGAUGCAUUCCUUGCCGUUAAAGAACAGAGGUCAUACUGGUCACGGGGAAAGGUUCUUGGAGGGUCAAGUGCUGUGAAUUAUUUACAAUAUUUCCGAUGCAGUCGCCAUGACUACGACAGCUGGGCCGAGGAAGGAUGCGAUGGUUGGAGCUACAAGGACGUCCUCCCAUAUUUCAUAAAAUCAGAAAAUAUCCAGAUAGAAGAAUUAAAGAAAUCAGGUUACCAUGGGAAAGAUGGACCAAUACCAAUAACCAAACCAGAAAUUACACCAAUGCAACAACUGUACAUGAACGCAGGAGUUGACCUGGGUUACAACAUCACUGAUUGUAACGGAGAAAACCAGAUAGGAUUUUGUUGGACACAGUCAAAUGUGAAAAAUGGUGAGCGAUGGAGCAACUACAGAGCUUUUGUUCAGCCUCACAUCAAUCGGAAUAACCUCCACAUUAGCCCCAACACAUUCACAACCAAGGUAAUAAUCAAGAACAAAAGAGCAGUUGGCGUGGAGUGUAUUAAGAAUGGCAGAAAACUCCGACUGUUUGCCAGGAAGGAAGUGAUUUUGUCUGCAGGCGCCUUAAACUCUCCUCAAUUGUUGAUGUUAUCUGGUGUUGGACCUAAAGAACAUCUGAAAAGCUACGGGAUUGAAGUACAUGCGGAUUUGCCUGUUGGAAAUAAUCUUCAAGAGCACGUAUCGCUCCCUCUGAUGUACAGUAUUAAUAUAUCCGAUUCAGUAACAUUGAAUGACAUGAUGUCCGUGUGGACUCGAAUGAAGUACAACCUUUUCGGCACAGGUUAUCUGUCGGCUUCUCUGUUUGAAGGAGUGGCAUUUGUAUAUGACGAUUUCAGUAAAAAGUACGACGCUGGAAGGACACCAGACUUUCAGUUACAUUUUGUCACUAAACAUAUCUUUACGCCAAGUAUGAAGAAUUUGGUAAACAUGCAUUUCAAAGAAGAGGUGGCAGAUAAGAUAUUCACUGCAAAAGAAGAUAUUGAAUCAAUCGCAAUAUACCCGAUCCUUCUUCACCCAAAGAGUAGAGGGACAGUUCGGCUGAGGAGUACUGAUCCUUUUGAUUACCCCAGAAUUGAUCCUCAUUUUCUUCAACACCAGGAUGAUGUCAAGAUGGCUGUUGAAAUGAUCCGUUUUGUGGAAAGAUUAGUGGACACAAAAACACUGCAAUCUAUCGGUAUGGACGUCAAUAGCAUGUCGCCUCUCUAUCAGCUGUGUAUUCAACACGACUUCCGGUCCGAUGCAUUUUGGGAAUGCUAUGUUCGGCACUUCAUAAUAAACCUCCACCAUGCAACAUCCACAUGUAGAAUGGGAGCUGUAGACGACAAGUCAGCUGUAGUUGAUCCACAGUUAAGAGUGAAGGGAAUUUCUGGUCUGCGUGUUGUCGACGCUUCUGUGAUGAGAAACUUACCUGGAGGCAAUACAAACGCUCCGGUGACAAUGAUUGCAGAGAAAGCUGCUGAUAUCAUUCGACAAAGCUGAACUCAAUAUUCACACACUGAAUCACUGAUUGACAUCAAUCUAAGUCUUGAAUUACUAAAUGACAAGCCAUUUUAACAUUCAUUCAAGAUCAAUUAUAUUUCUUAGUAAUACCAGUAAUAACCCGUGCGUUCGAGGUCAGAUGAGAGCACGAAUCAUAAACAAAUUAUCUCCCUUUGUCAUUUGUGUAGUUGUGCUGUAUAGCUGAUUAAGGCUCAAUGUACUAUCAUUUGCAUUACUGUACGUGUACUGAUUUUAGCGCACUCAUAUUCUAGCGGGUAUGUAGACUUAUUAGCGCACUCUUGAAUUCGCCCAAUCGUCACAAGAAUAUUUCUAAAUUAGCAGUAGUACACUUCUCUGAUAACCGGUAGGCUUACAAACAUCAACUGUGUAAAAGUAAGAUAAUCACGGGCCCUUUUUAUUCCGAAACUGACUAUACUAUACAUGUGAGUUGACCAUUCUACCUAACAAAUAUCGGUAUUGCGUUGUACUAAUAAAUAGUAAACAAAACAAAUGUC